AUGAUGAAACGUUCCAAACUCUCCAUGCAAGUCGCCUACGACUCCGACUCCUCCCAAGCAAACACCGACUCCGAUGCCGACCUCCCAAACGAUGAUAAUACUACCAUAACCAACAACGAAUUCGAUACAUCAUCCCACCGUCGCAAACGUCAAAAACGUUCUAAACAGGACGCGAAAGAAGCUGCCGCUCUGGGAGUCUUCGGUAGCGAUAGCGAUGACGACGAUGAUAACUUUAGAGAUUAUUCUAGAGGGAAGAGGGGAAAAGUCGGGUUUAGGAAUUUGAGGGAAGGGGGGAUGAGUUUUGUUAAGAAGGGGGAAGGGAAGGGGAAAGAUGAUGAGUAUGGUGAUGAUGAUGAUGAUGAUGAUGACGACGACGAUGACGAUGAAGAGGAGGAAGAUGAAGAUGGAGAUGAAGGGCUCAAGCAAGAUCCAUUCGCUGUGGAAGCUACAGCCGGUCUUCGCGAUAUAGGAACUCGAAGAGGAAACGAAGGAUACUCCGAAGAUGAAGAUGAAGAAGAGGAAUCACGACCAACAAUCGGUCUCGGAAACGCCCUGCGAACCGCAUUCUCCGCCGUCACCCCAGCUACAGCAGACGAAAUGUCACUUGAUGAAAGUGCAGACGAUAAACCCCGAAUCUCAUUAAAACCCCGUCUGUUCGCUCCAAGAGCCUUGGGCGGUGGUGGUAGCAAUCUAAAAGGUUUUACAUCUGGAACUGCUACACCGGGUUCUUUGGACGGUCAUCGUGGGUUGGGGUUUCAAUCCGCUGGGACCAGUAGUAUGGAACAAUCACCUGCUCCUGAAGUUCAAAAACCUUUGUUCAGACGAGCGGGGCUUGGAAGCGGAAGUGGUGGUGGUGGAGGAGUCGGGUUGGGAUUUAGGAAGGCCGGGGUUAUUGAUUCUACAGAUUUAGCUGGAGAAGAGGAGAAGAUGGAUGAAGAUUAUUAUGAUGGGCGGGGAGAAGAGGAGGAGGAGGAAGUAAAGGCCUCUAUGAUUAACCCCCUCGGUCAGGGAUUCGUUUCAUCGAUACAAAAGGAAGCAAUGAUGUUUGCACCUCCAAAUGGUGGUGAACAGGAAGAAGAGGAAGAGGCGGUAGUCGAAAAACAAAAGGCCAGACCAUCGUUUACCGACGUCCGAGGGAUGAGGGGGAAGAAACAAAAGGGUGAUGCACCAGUGAUCAAUCAAGAUUCCUUCGCUGCGAAGAUGAUGGCAAAGAUGGGGUAUCAACCAGGCCAGGGUUUGGGAAAAACUGGAGAAGGAAGAUUGGCGCCUGUGGAUACGCAAUUAAGACCUACGAGAAUUGGUUUGGGUGCUGUCAAGGAGAAGACCGAACAAGCAAAGAAGGAGGAGAGACGGGCGAAGAUUUUGAGAGGAGAGGUGCCGAGCGAUAGUGAUAGUGAGAAGGAGAGGAAGAGGAGGAAGAAGAAGAAGAAGGGACUGGCUGGGCUUAGUAGUAAAGAGGGUAGCGGCGCUAGCACGCCGGCUAGGAGGCGGCCUCAAUUUAAGACCGCAGAAGAGAUGGCGAAGGAGUUGGAAGGCGUGGAAGUUCCAUCUGCUUUGAAGAAUUUGAUCGAUUUGACCGGGAAGGGGGUUGAUGUUGGUAGUCCUGGAAUUAUGGCGGGAGGACUGUCCGAGGUGGAGAAUGAGAAUGUAAAGAUUGCGAAACUAGCAAGGAAGGAACUCGAGGAUUUCGCCAGAGAGUGGAAGAGAUUGCAGGAAAGGAAGAAGUUUUUGCAAUUGGAGGAGAAACAGAUGACGGAGGAUAUGGACGAGCAGGCGGAGACUGUGAAAGCUUUACAAGGGAUCGUGGAUGGAGCUGAGAAGCUUGCUAUCGAUGUAUCCGUUGCGGACAGUCGGAAUGAGUUUGAAGACAAAAUCGCGGCUUUGGCGUCUGAGCUUGAGGCGAUGCAGUUCAAAUACAAGAACGAAGUGGAACUGUACGAUCUCUCAGAAGUCGCUAUCGCUGCAUUCCAUCCUUUGUUCAAAUCCGCCUUAGCAAUCUGGGAUCCUCUCACCGACCCUGUCUACCUCCUAGAUUACAUCCGCAAACUUCGCCCCAUUUUCAACGUCCGCACCCUCGAAGACAUGGAGGCCUCCCUCGUCACAACGGGAUACGCUGAAAAAUCGGGUAAAAUGUCAACAUAUUACGAAAGCAUGAUGUAUAGCAUCUGGCUACCCAAGAUCCGCAGUACCAUUAACAACCACUGGAACGUUCACGAUCCCACGCCCGUUCUCACAAUUCUUGAAACCUGGGCCGGUGUGUUACCACCAUUUGUUAGUGACAACAUUUUGAACCAGCUGGUCCUGCCGAAAGUCAAAGCUGCGGUUACAGAAUGGAACCCACGGGUCUCAUCAAGAAGGAAAACAGCACCUCCACCGCAUGUGUGGGUUUUCCCGUGGUUACCACAUCUAUCGUCACAUAUGGAUGAUCUAGUGAGAGAGGUUAAGAGGAAAUUCAAGGGUGUUCUGGAUAAAUGGGAUCUCUAUAAGGGAGUCAUAGACGGCCUAGAAGCCUGGAGAGAAGUCUUCGGACCCGGAGAAUUGGAAAAGAUGUUAAUCUCCCACCUCCUACCACGACUAGCCGAUUUACUACGACGAAAAUUUGAAGUCAACCCGGCGGAUCAAGAUAUAGCACCAUUAGAAGCAGUAAUGGCAUGGCAUGGGUUCUUCCGACAAUCCACAUUUGCACAAUUACUCGAGGCGGAGUUUUUCCCAAAGUGGAUGCAGACGUUAUAUACGUGGUUGACGAUGGAAGGGGUUGAUUUGGAAGAAGUCGGGGAGUGGUAUAAAUGGUGGCAAGCACAGUUUCCUGAGGAGGUUAGAGAGUAUGUACUUGUUAGGAGGGAGUUUAAGAAGGCGGUUGAUAUGAUGGGACAGGCGGUUGAUGUUAUGGAUGGAGUUGAAGGGGUGACUAUUGUUCCGCCAGAAAGUGGUGCUGCGAAGCCUAUUAAACCGCAACCGCCAUCGGUGGAAGAGAAGAAAAAGGGGAAGUCUGGGAAGGGUGGUAGUGGUGGUGGUGGAGGAGGAGGAGUACAGACGGAAACGACGUUUAGAGAGUAUAUGGAGGAAUGGUGUGCUGAACAAGGGUUAUUAUUAAUGCCUUUGAGGAAAGCGCAUGAGGGGACCGGGUUCCCGUUGUUUAGGAUUACGGAUAGUCCGAGUGGGAGUGGCGGGGUGCUUUGUUAUUUCAGUCAGGAUGUUGUUUGGGCGCAGGAUAGGAAGAAGAAGGAGGUUUUUGAACCGAUCAGUUUGGAGAAGGUUGUGCAGAGGGUGGAGGCGGGGCAUCGGUAG